AUGAGGACAGAGUCAGGCUCCAGGUCUGGAGAUUUGGUCUUCGUCUUCGUCUUCCCUUCGUCUUUGUCUUCGUCUUCCCCUUCAUCCUCGUCUUGCAAAGCACGUCCUCCACCAACCUCCAAGAACCUCCAAGAACCUCCAAGAACCUCCAAGAACCUUCAGAACUUCCAGCAGCUCGAGAGUCCAGCUCAAGUCCAGCAUGACGAGUGUGAUGAGCUCCAGCAGCAGUGGGGCUCACGGCUCCACUUCCUCCUCAGCUCUGCAGGGGGCGGCGGCAGCUUCAGGAGCAGCUCCAUGUGUGGGGGCGGAGUCAAGGGCGGAGUCAAGAUGUCACCGCUGUACGCAGGAGGAGCCAGGUCUGGGUCUGGGUCUGGGUCUGGGGCCUGGGCCUGGUCCGGGUUUGGGGGCGGGGCUUUCGGAGCAGAGGGCGGGCACCAGGACAUCUCGGCCAAUGAGAAGGCGGCGCUGCAGAGCCUGAACGUUCGCUUGGCGGCGUUUCUGGAGAAGGUUCGGCGACUCGAGGAGGGAAACGGUGAGAUGGAGUCCAGGAUCCGGGACUUCCUGGACCAGAAGACCUGCCCCUCGACCGGAGACUACAGCGCCCCCCUCAGCACCGUCCAGGAACUGCAGGCCCAGAUUCUCGAGGCGGCGAUGGUGAACGCUCAUCUGUUCCGCGCCAUCGACGACGCCAAACUCACCGCAGACGACUUCAAGUCCAAGUACGAGACAGAGUUGACCAUGCGUCAGUCUGUGGAGGCCGACAUCGCGGGGCUCAGGAUGAUGUUGGGAGAACUGGGAAUGGCCAAAGCCGACCUGAGUCUGCAGAUCGACGCCCUGAAGGACGACCUGGUCACGCUCAAGAAGAACCACGAGGAGGACCUGCUGCUCUUGCGCUCUCAGAUGAGUGGGCAGGUGAACGUGGAGGUGGACGCCGCUCCUCAGGAAGAUCUCACCAAAGUCAUGGCCGAGAUCCGCGAGCACUACGAGGCCGUGGCCGCCAAGAACCAGAGGGACCUGGAGGGAUGGUUCCACGCCAAGUCUGAGGCGCUGUCGAAGGAGGUGGCCACCACAGAAAUGACCCUGAAGUCGUCCACAUCAGAAAUCAAAGAAGUGAAGAGCACUCUGCAGGCGCUGGAGAUCGAGCUGCAGUCCAUGAUGAGCAUGAAAGCGUCUCUUGAAAUGUCUUUGUCUGAGAUCCAGGCCAGAUACGCCGCUCAACUCAGCGGCUUCCAGAUGAAGGUCGGGGCGUUGGAGGGGCAGCUGGUGGGCGUCAGAGCAGAUCUGGAGCGACAGGGGCAGGAGUACAGCAUGCUCCUGGACAUCAAGACCCGCCUGGAGCUGGAGAUCGCAGAGUACAGGAGACUCCUGGAGGGAGAGAGCUCCUCCUCCAGCUCUGGACUAAACUCUGGAUCAGGAUCUGGACUUGGGUCUGACUCAGGGUCCGGGUCUAGUUCUGGAAAGACCAAACAGAAAGUGGUGACCAUCAUCCAAGAAAUGGUGGACGGACAAGUCGUGAGCUCCACCUCCACCGAGACCAUCCUGGACCAGGACUAA